GUUCAUGCAGUAAUUCAUUUGGUUUACAUUUGUAAAGAAGGAAGAGCUUUUUCCAGCUUACAAUUUUUUUAAAACAAACAUGUCAUCUGAUACAAUCAAAACUGCAUUAUUACAAUUAAGUGUACUAGAGAAUAAACAAGAAAAUAUCAAGAAAGCGAUUCGUUUUAUUAGUGAUGUAGUAGCAAAAAAUCAAGUUGAACUAGUCAUUUUACCAGAAUGCUUCACUGGAUCAUAUAAUGUUAAUGAUUUUGCAUCACAUGCAGAAUCUGUUCCAAACGGAGAAGCAUGCCAAGCUUUAUCUAAAAUUGCAAAAGAAUUAAAAAUUUAUAUUAUUGGUGGCAGUGUUAUUGAAAAAGAUUUUAAUGGAAAGUUAUACAACACAUGUACAGUAUGGUCACCCACUGGCGAAUUAAUUGCAAAACAUCGAAAAAUUCAUUUGUUUCAUGUUGAAAUUGACAAACAAUAUUUUGGAGGAUCAAAAUUUAAUGAAGCAAUCGCUUUAACACCAGGAAAUUCAUUUACAACAGUUAUGAUUAAAAAUAAAAAAUUUGGCAUAGGUAUUUGUCAUGAUAUACGUUUUGAUGAAUUGGCACGUAUUUAUAGAAACGAAGGCUGUGAAAUGUUAGUAUAUCCUUCAGCAUUUUGUACCUGUCAGGGUCCAAUGCAUUGGGAGUUGCUGCAAAGAGGUAGAGCAACUGAUAAUCAACUUUAUGUUUGCCAAGUAUCAGUUGCUAGAAAUCCUACAACGGAAUAUGUUGCAUAUGGUCAUACAAUGUUAGUUGAUCCUUGGGCUAAUGUAGUCUGCGAAGCAUCUGAGAAAGAAGAAGUUUUAGUUGUUGAUAUUGAUUUCAAAAAAGUUCAAGAAGUACGAAGACAAAUACCAAUUUUUCCAGAAAGAAGAACCGAUUUGUAUAAUACACUUAAAAUGUAAAUUUUUUUACAGAAAUAUCCAAAGUCACAAUUAUUAACAUCACUUUGAAAGAAUAAAGUUUUUUUAUAUCCAUUUAUACAUUAUAAUGUAAACAUAGAAAGACACACUCAUUUCAAAUGUUUUUGUAAUUUUUUUGAUUAAUAGAAUAAAAUAACAAACGAAAUUAAAGAGUU